CCCUAAUGAAUGAUUUAAAUUGUUGGUUCUUUUGUAUUUAAUAGUUAGUACAGUCAACUUACUUAGACCACAUUCAGCUGGUUUUACACAAUAUUCAUUAAUAUAGUCAAACGCUUAUAUUGGAAUUUCACAUUAGCUACAUUUUUUACCUUCUUUAUGUCAACUGCUUCACGUGUUGGUCUUGUGUCAAGAGAAAGUGGAAUACCAUGUGGAUACGAUUACGAAGACGAUUGAACGAGGUUUAUAACUGCUUUAAACCACUUAAAGACGGAUUUAUUGGACACAAGUGGCUGUGCACGUCUCCGUGUGUGGCUGAAUGCGUCCCAGCCUUACCUACAGCUAGCAGGCUCACGGUGGAGCAAGCUGUCAGGUUAUGGACAGGCCAUUUCCAGCAAAGAGGUGUCUCAGAGCCACAUCUCUCCAGCCAGUACAUCAUUGCACAUUUGCUUGGUGCUAAAACAUUAGAGGGCAUUGGACAGGACAGGCUGGCUGAAUUCCUGACACAAGAACAGACAGAGCAGACAUGGGAGCUCUGUACCAGACGUCUCACCAGAAUGCCAGUGCAGUAUGUGAUUGAAGAGUGGGACUUCAGAGAUCUGACACUGAAGAUGAGACCUCCCGUGUUUAUCCCCCGACCUGAAACUGAGGAGCUGGUUGGCCUAGUGCUUACAGAUCUCCAGAUGAAGCAGGGGACUGGAUUAAGUGAGGAGACCAGUUUCAGGUGCCUGGAAGUGGGUUGUGGCUCUGGUGCCAUCUCCCUCAGUCUACUUAAGAGCCUCCCACAGCUCAGAGCUAUUGCUUUAGAUAAAAACAAGGAUGCUGUGGAUCUGACGAGAGAGAACUCACACAGUUUGGGGUUCCAAGACCGACUUGAGGUUCACCAUAUGGAUGUGAUGAGAGAUGCAAACAUAAUUGUGAGCAUGUGCAGUCCAGUCUCCGCUUUGGUCAGCAACCCUCCGUACCUGUUCUCAGAGGAUAUGACAUCACUUGAACCUGAAAUCCUCAGGUUUGAGGACCAUGCUGCUCUGGAUGGGGGGAAAGAUGGCAUGCAGGUGAUAAGACACAUUCUGACUCUGGCUCCAAAGCUCUUAUCAAACGAUGGUCGUGUAUACUUGGAAGUAGACCCACGUCAUCCACAUCUCAUCCAGCAGUGGGUAGAGGAAAGUGUUGAAGGGUUACACUACUUGCACACGCAUCGUGACAUCACUGACAGGCCUCGUUUCUGCAUCCUUCAAAAAAAGAAGUGCAACACAGAUAGGACCAGCAUUGAGAAUGUGUGAGAUAUGGAUCCUGUUUCACUGGCUUCAGACCAGCCUGCUACAGCCUCAACACCCACCAUCUAUCUGCCACGUACAGUACACACUACUGAUCUCAAAUAGUGUAGAAAUUCACAAACACGCAUAAAUGGGCUACAUUUAUACCUGAGGACAUUGUAGGUGCUAAUGUGUGUUUGUGUGGCAAUAAAGGAGGGUGACAGAGCGAGGAGUAGGCUGAAGGUAAUUACUGAGAGGCUUUUCUUAGAACCCUCCCUCUCAGAAUUUCACCCUCCCAGAAGGCAUUCAGUAGUUCUACGAAUCAAGGGAUUCGCCCUCCCCGCUGACUUGGCUGCUGACUCAGAUUCACUCUUACACAAAAGCACAUUGAAUCCAGCCUAUACUGCCUCGUCGAUUCUGCUGUGUACACACUUACCCGAGGGGGGUUUAAUCUCUGUUAUAAAGAUAGCUUCAGAUAACUGAGAUUGGGCACACUGCCCAUGCAACCCAUUUUUUUUCUUCUGUGGAUGUAGGCUAUAAAGCUCUGUGGCAUUUGACCCACCAAAAGACAACUGGACAUUGAAGACAGGAGCAGUAUAACUCAUGUUGAAUAUUGUUUUAAUAAAAAAAGGGAUAUGUACAGUG